GAAAAAUUGGCUUAUUCUAAAGGAAGAAUCUAAACGAAUGGCUUCCACAUUCGAAAGAGUCAUCAACAUCGCUAGAGACGGACAUUUCUCUUCAAAUCCCGAAGCCUCGAUCUGUCUCGAUGGUCUCAGUUUCUCCGAUCGACAAAUCGAGAAAGAAGAUGACCAGAACAAUGUUGGAAACUGAUCUCAGAGAGCUUUCGGUCUCCAAACGAAGGUCGUUAUUGCCGCGAUUAUUGGAUUCGUUGGAUCGAGUGUUGUUUUUGGGCUCUGGAUUUGAUGAGAUUAUGGUUGAUGAGGAGUGUGAUGUUGUUGGGGUAAGGGAUUGGAAAUUGGGGGGUGUUGUUGUGGGUGGUGGUGCUAGAUACAGCGGAGGUGGAAGUUUGACCGGUGGUGGUGAUGGUAGAGAAGGAGGAUCGGGCGGUGGUGAUGGGGAUGGGAGUUCUCGGGAUUGGGAUUCAAAUCAUGGGAAUAACAUCAUGGAGGAGUAUUAUCAGAAGAUGAUUGAUGCAUACCCUGGAGAUGCUCUGCUUCUUAGCAAUUAUGCUAAAUUCUUGAAAGAGAUAGCAGAUAGCUAUUUCACUCUCCUUCGCAGAAAGCCCUACUCUUGGUAUUCUCUUCAACAAAAGAAAGGCCUUGGCGGUGCUACGCCUAAUAAUAUUAACGAAUCAAAGGAUAUGAUUCAAGGUUUGUUACAGGUUUCUCUCUCUGCAACUGCAAUCCUUAUCUUGAAGCGUUUGAAUGCGUGA